UUAAAUAUCCGACUAAAUAGCAUGAAUAAGCGGAAUCAACUAAUAUUUGUCGUUGCUUGCAUUUAUUUAGCAUCAAGAACUGUUUAUUGUGGAUACGUGGUGUCUAAGGAUAAUGCGUAUCGAGUCCACACUACUCCAUUAGCUAACGAUAGUAAUAGUACGGUUACACCGAUACCAAGGAGGAUCAUCGCUGCUAAAACCCAAUGUCCUGCUGGAAGGACCUAUAAUCCCAUUUUAAAUCGGUGUUUGCUGUUCCAGUAAGAAAAUAAGAGUGUACCAGUGCCAUAAAACAACAACAACAAUGUACGGGAAACUGUUGCGACUCAAUGUGUUAUUUUACUUGGGAGUUAUCAGUGUUGAGGGAAUUCCUGUGGAGGAUGUUCAGCCCUUAGGGAGUACCACCACCACUAUACAACCAAACGAGGAGAAAACCUUUUGGGAUACUGUCAAAGAUGGGGUUUCUUAUGGUUUUAAGGCGGUAAGGGAUGAGACUCAUUGUGUUUUUCAUAAGGCAAAGGAACUAGUAAAAGACCACAAACAUGUAGAAGGAGACGACCCGUGCAUCAACAAACCAUAUAAGCAAGACGGAGAGACGAAGAACGGUACUUCUACACAUUAAUCAGCCAGAGUCAACAAACGUGAUAGUGUUUUCUAAUUUUAAGUUAUUGGUUAUUUUUAGGGAAAAAUUAAGUAAUAAAACCUUUAUAGCACCAUAACAA